AUAAGCAAUAUAGACGACGCCGAGUAUCACUGCAAUGAAACUGCAGUGCGAAAAGUUAUCAGCGGAGUCGUCGGGGCAGCAAGCUCGGUCACAUCUAUCCAAGUGGCCAACCUUCUCAGACUUUUCCGAAUACCGCAGGUCUCAUACUUCUCGACGAGCCCGGAACUCUCCAACAAGCAGCGUUUCGAAUAUUUCUCGCGCACUAUACCCAGCGACCUUCACCAAGUGAAAGCAAUGGUAGACAUCGUGCUAACAAUGGGCUGGAACUACGUGUCCAUCAUAUACGAAGAAAGCAAUUACGGAGUAAGGGCGUUCGAGGAACUGGAAGAUCUGUUGGGGAAGUACAACAUAUGUAUCGCUGUAAAGGAGAGACUGGUGAAAGAUUCUGGGGUGGCGAAGGAAACGGCGUACGACCACAUCGUUUUGAAGCUUCUAACGAAACCGAGAGCAAGAGGAUGCAUCAUAUACGGCUCGGAUCAAGAAGUUGCCGGAGUUAUGAGAGCAGUUAGACGUUGCAAUGCUACCGGUGCGUUUUCGUGGAUCGGCAGCGACGGAUGGAGUGCCAGGGGAUUGGUUAGCAAUGGUAACGAGGCGGAAGUCGAGGGUACUCUAUCGGUUCAACCUCAAGCCAAUCCCGUCGAUGGUUUCAAAGAGUACUUCCUGAAUCUGACCGUCGAGAACAACCGAAGGAAUCCAUGGUUUGUUGAAUUUUGGGAAGAUCACUUCCAGUGUCGAUAUCCGAACGCGUCGGAGACCCCGCACAAUCGUCGAUACACGAAACCAUGCACGACGAAAGAGCGACUGACAUCGCAGAACACGGCGUUCGAGGAUCAACUGCAGUUCGUCUCCGACGCAGUCAUGGCUUUCGCGUAUGCUUUCCGAAACAUGCACAGGGACUUGUGUCACGAUAAAUCCGGACUCUGCGACAGCAUGAAACCGACCAAGGGAACGGAACUUCUGAAAGCUCUCCGAGCUGUGGAGUUCAAAGGUUUGAGCGGAGACAAAUUCAAGUUCGACUCGAACGGAGACGGGCCCGCCAGAUAUAAUAUUAUCCAUUUCAAGCAAACCGAGCCCGGCAAGUACAAGUGGAUCCGCGUGGGUAAAUACCUCGAGGGCGAGCUACGGCUGAACAUGUCCGAAAUCCAAUUUAAAAAUCGUCAGCGGCCUGAAAGCGUCUGCUCCCUGCCCUGCGAAGUCGGCCAGGCAAAGAAGUACGUGGAAGGCGAGAGAUGCUGUUGGCACUGCUUCAACUGUACCCAAUAUCAGAUACGGCAUCCCAAAGACGAGACACAAUGUAUUUCCUGUCGACAAGGUACCGUGCCAGACGAGACGCAUUCUACUUGCCGGGAAAUCCCUGAGGAAUUCCUGCGACCCGAAAGCGGGUGGGCAAUAGGGGCAAUGUCUUUCUCCGCCACAGGGAUGCUGAUAACGUUUUUCGUCUGCGGCGUAUUUCUAAAGCACAACGAUACGCCGGUGGUCCGAGCAUCCGGUCGCGAACUAUCCUACGUUCUACUCUCGGGGAUUCUACUCUGUUAUCUCGUUACGUUUGCCCUCGUGCUGAGACCGACAGACAUCGUUUGCGGUAUCCAAAGAUUCGCUGCUGGUUUCUGCUUCACCGUCGUCUACGCCGCCUUAUUAACGAAGACAAAUCGAAUAUCGAGGAUCUUCAACGCCGGCAAACACGGCGCCAAGAGACCAUCUUUCAUAUCCCCACGAUCGCAGCUGAUCAUCUGUUCUGGCCUGGUGUUCGUGCAAAUCUUAAUUAAUGGAGUUUGGAUGAUAAUCGACCCGGCAGAGGCGAUGCAUCACUACCCAACGAGGGAAGACAAUUUACUUGUUUGUAACAGUUACGUCGACGCCAGUUACAUGAUCGCGUUCGCCUAUCCCAUCAUGCUGAUCGUCGUUUGCACCGUUUACGCGGUCCUCACCAGAAAAAUCCCGGAAGCCUUCAACGAGAGCAAACACAUCGGUUUCACAAUGUACACUACGUGUGUGAUAUGGUUGGCCUUCGUUCCGUUAUAUUUCGGCACAGGCAAUAACGUCGCUCUAAGAAUCACUUCGAUGUCGGUGACCAUAAGUAUUUCCGCAUCUGUGACUAUAGCCUGUCUCUUCAGUCCAAAGCUAUACAUCAUUUUGAUCCGACCCGAGAGGAACGUGCGUCAAAGCAUGAUGCCAGCCAAAUACAACACAACGAAAAGCUCGGCUGUAACAGGCACAAAUGCCUCGAGCAUGAUCGCGCCUUUAACACUAACUGCGGCUACGUGCGAUCAAAAUAAAACUGUUAAAAAACACAUUAUCAGCACCAUGGACUGUUCGACGCAAAGCGAAUAUUACGAGUUAGAAGUGAAGGAUCACAAAAAGGUGAAACCACCACCGACGUUCGUUUCACGAUCGACUCAAACUUCCAACCCCGAUAUGGACUCGAAUGCCAUCGUGGCGAGCAAAGAUCCGAAGGAGAACAAUACGACAACGACAAAAGAGAAUACCACGACAACGAAACAAUUAAAUAACAAUGCUAGGAUAGGAAACGGACCAGUCAAUCAAACUGAUGUUUCCUUAUAGCAGAAAGCUUCCAUAGAGUCUGCCAUUUUGUCCGCGAAUUUAAAACCAAUUUCGAAAAAGCCCGUAGUAGUUUAAAGAGACCGUAAGAAUAAAUACCUUUCGAUAUUUUGUAAAUACGACUGAACAUCGAGGUAUCGAUUUAAAUAAAAAAAAAAAUAACUGUAUGUUAAUUGUCCUUAAACCUGCACUACGAACGAUGAUAAAAAGCUCAAACGAGAAAGUGUGCGGCAAGAAUUAUUGCAAAUCGUACUAUCGUGUGUCGCGUAUAUCGUGUAUUUAGAUAAAAUUGUCUCGUGUACGUAUGGUGCAUCGAUAAUAAAAUUUAAUUAUCGAAAAUUCGAUCCAAAGGUUGUCAAACGUAUCGAAGGAAUAUUAAACGAUAAAUUGGGAAAUAUUUCACGGUUCGCGAGAAUAAAUACACGAGACCAUAACAACCCUAAAUAUACAAAGUUGCACUGUAUGUUAAGCAGACGCAUAAUCAUCGAUUAUGUAAUUAAUUUUUAAGCCGCGUUUUAAGAAUUGCUCUGGUUUUCUCUGUGAUCAUAGCAUACUUCAUGUAGCAAUCACGGCAUAAAAAGUGCGUAAAUCUCUUUUGUACAUACACAACCAUUUUCAUUGUGCACAUUAACGCAAGUCAUUUAUAAUUAAU